AUGACUGUUCAAACGACAGAAAGGCUCGUUAAACUCCGAGAGUUAAUGAAAAAACCUGAAAACAAUGUAGACGCCUAUGUUGUCCCAAGUGAAGAUCAACACGGUAGCGAGUACAUUGCCUCUUGCGACGAACGACGAGCAUGGAUAUCUGGAUUCAACGGAUCUGCUGGCUGCGCAAUAAUAACACUGGAUAAGGCUCUUAUGUUCACGGAUGGUCGAUAUUUCCUUCAAGCUUCUCAGCAAAUGGAUAGAAAUUGGGAACUCAUGAAGCAGGGUUUGCCAGGGGUUCCGACAUGGCAAGAUUAUCUUACCAAUAACCUACCUGCGUCUUCCCGUAUCGGCAUCGACCCAACCCUCAUCGCGGAAAAUGACUCCAAGUCGCUUUCUGGCUCAAGGAAACAAGCCGAAUCAAAAGGCAGCCAAACUCUUGUUCCACUCACUACCAAUCUCGUCGAUCUCAUUUGGGGCUCUGAUCGUCCUCCUCGGCCGAAAAAUGCUGUCGUACCUUUAGACGAAAAGUACUCAGGUGAAUCUGUCACCAGCAAACUCAAUCGACUGGCUUCUGCCGUCUCUUCGAAUACACCAGCACCCCUUGCUUUCGUUCUAACUGCCUUGGACGACAUCGCCUGGUUGUUCAACCUCCGUGGAUCAGAUAUCGCAUAUAAUCCCGUAUUCUUCUCAUAUGCCGUGGUUCAUUUCGAACCUUCGGAGGCGGAUGGCUCGAAAAAUCCCACCGCGGUCUUAUUUCUCCAACGCGACGCCGUAGAGCACGAUGCGGAUCUGAAAUAUGCAUUAGGGUCUCAAGUCGAAAUUCGUCCGUACGAAGACAUUUGGGAGUACCUGAAGGAUUUGGGAAAUCAAGUACGUUCCACGUUCGCAGACAAGGGACAGGAAAAGCUAGUCUUGAUUCCGGAUAAAGCUAGCUUGGCUAUUGUGCAAGCUGUGGGUGUGGAUAUUUCGAAUAUCGCCCCUUCACCCAUAACCGUUCUUAAGGCAAUCAAAAACUCUACGGAGUUGGAAGGGUUUAGGCAGAGUCAUAUCAGGGAUGGAAUUGCUUUGGCCAGGUAUUUUUCGUGGCUGGAAGAGAAGCUCGGUGAAGAGGGCAAUGAAUUGACAGAGUGGCAAGGGGCGGAGCAAUUGGAGAAGUUUAGAAGUGAACUUCCAUUAUUCAAGGGACUAAGUUUCGAUACCAUCUCGUCGACUGGCCCAAACGGUGCCAUUAUUCACUAUUCCCCGAAUCCGAAAGACUGUGCGGUCAUUAAGCAGGAUCAGAUUUACUUGUGUGACUCUGGAGCUCAAUUUCUUGAUGGAACAACCGAUGUCACGCGAACAUGGCACUUCGGUACCCCGACAGAGGAAGAAAAGCGGACAGCAACGCGAGUGCUACAAGGGCACAUCGCUAUCGAUUCUGCGAUUUUCCCGAAUGGGACUACUGGUGUUGACUCUUGGGCAAGGAAAGCGUUAUGGAUGGAUGGACUUGGUUCAAUCGUGAUACACAGGCAUGGUACGGGUCAUGGUGUAGGUCAUUAUCUCAACGUCCAUGAAGGUCCUCAUGGGAUUGGUACCCGGAUAACGUCCAACGCAAGUCCCCUGAAGGCUGGUAUGAUCGUCACUAAUGAACCUGGAUACUACGCCGACGGUAAAUAUGGUGUCCGCAUUGAAAAUGUGUUAAUCAUCAACGAGGUCGAAACACCUUGGAACUUUGGUGAUAAAGGUUUCUUGAGUUUCGAAUGUGUUACAAUGUGUCCUAUCCAAACGAAGUUAGUUGAUCAUAGCCUGAUUUCUGUCGAUGAAAAAAGGUGGCUGAACAACUACAAUCACAAAGUUUGGGAAAAAAUUUCUCCUUUAUUGAGGAAUGACGAUAGGGCACUGAAGUGGCUCGAAAGGGAAUGUCAAUCUAUUUAA